AUGGAUUACUACCAGACCUUAAAGGAUGAAGUUACUUCGCAAAAGGAACUGCAGGGAUUCGAGAAGCUUGGAUCCGAUCUAUAUUACUUCGAUCACUCCAUCGAGCUAAAUUGGACCGAUGCAACUGACGCCUGUCGCAAGAUGAGUGCUCAUCUAACGGAUAUCAAAGACGAAAAGGAGUAUAACGCCAUUAGAAACAGAUUAGGGGAGCAUCAUUACUGGACAGACAUUACAAAACGAGGCAAGGAGUACAUAUCUGCUACUACCGGGAAGAAAGCUCCAUUCAUCAGGUGGUUUACUGGUGAAACGGACAACAUGAGCGAUACGCACUGCCUUACAAUAAAUGGUAGAAGAGAUGCACAAAUAGCUGAUGUUACCGCCAUGCGAGAUCUAUUCACAUGA